AUGACUUCUAUUGAUGAUUCAAAGCGUUCAUUAGUAGUUAUGGCUGAUUCAAGAGUUCGCAAGAAUGCAUCAGAACCAAUCAAUACAUACUCAUUCAUUCGUGGAAGUUAUGAUUCAACAUUAACCAGAACAGUAAACGAUAUAUUAAAUGAUUUGAAUAUUAAGGUAAGAGUUGAACAGAAGAGCGAAGAAAUAAAGAGUAUAAUGAAUGAAAACAAAGAUGUAAACAUUGACGAUAAACUUGCCCAGAGCAUAGUUGAUGGCAUCUGUGAUUUUGAAGUACAUAAUGAUGGUGGAAACAUGAAUUUAGAAAAAGAAGUUACAUUAUUCACACUGUUUCAAGCAAUUAAUUCGUUACCUAAUCAUUUAAUUAAUGAAGCAUACGAUAACGUUUAUAAUUUCUGCAGCUUAACAGAAAAUGCAAAAAGUAAUUUUGAAAAAGCACGUAGUAGAUAUGCACAUUUAAUGACUUCUCCAUUUGUUUUGGUGAAGAUUCUAAAACUUUAUCAAAAGGAAUAUUAUGAUGAAUAUGUUUUACCUUUAUUACGUAAGCCAAAAAUAACAUUUGAUAUCAAACUUGAUGACUCGUUUUUGAUAACAGAUAUUAGACGCAAGGCUGAAAAUCAUCA